AUGGUUGUAACAGCAGGAGUCUGUAAUGUGGACUCCAUGUUCCUGUUCCCGUCAGCUUCCUCUGAGAACUACGUCACCUUCUCCCAGAGCUUCCCUGCUCUGCCAGAACUCUCUGUGUGCCUGUGGCUCCGCGUCGACGUCGGGUACGUAGGAACGCUCCUCUCCUACGCCACGGAAGACAACGACAACAAACUAGUUCUAUACGGACGCAACUCCUCCUCUUCUUCCUCCUCCUCAUACUCUUCCUCCACCCCCAGCCGAGCAACCCUGGACUUUGUGGUGGGAGACCCUGCGUACCGUGAGCUCCCUGUGGACUCUGUGCUGGAUGGGUGCUGGCACCACCUCUGUGUCCUCUGGUCCUCUAUCCAGGGACGAUUCUGGCACUACACCGACCGGCGCCUGACCUCCGCAGGGUCACGGUUCAGGAAGGGGUAUGAGGUGCCGGCAGGGGGGUCAGUGGUGCUGGGAGCAGAGCAGGACAGCCAGGGGGGAGGGUUUGAUCCCACCGAGGGGUUCGUGGGGCGCCUGGCGGGGUUCACUGUGUGGGACCGGGUGUUGAGUCCUGGGGAGGUGACGGGGGUGGCUACGGGGAGGGGGGUACCCCGGGGGGUGGUGCUGGGGCUGGGGGACGUAGACGGGGUUAUGGGGGGGGUGCAGCGGGUAGCCUGCGAGUGCCUGGAACACUGUAGCUGAAGCGUCUGAUUCCAAACCCACCCUAACCGCUCGUCCCUUGUCCCUAUAGGCACUCCUAGAUCUAAAGUGUGGUGUCAAACUUCAGUCCUUGAGGGCAGAGUGUGUGUGUUUUUACUCCUCUGUACUUGAUAGAUCAACUAAGGUCAUUGAUUUCUUAGGAACUCCCCUCACCUGGUUGUCUAGGUCUUAAUCUGUCAUGAAUUAAAAACAAACAACAACAACAACCAGCAGACAUUUGUCUCUCCAGGAAAUGAGUUUGACACCUCUGGCCUAAGGGGUUGACAGUCUAAAUUUUUUAAUAUCAAUCAAUGAACUACCAGGGAGAUAGAAGACUGGCCCUGGGACUUAAUGUGGACCUAUACUGGAAGAGGAACCCUAACACUUCUCUAACCUUUAACAAUGCCACUGACACACUGUAAAAAGGAGCAUGUGAAUGAAAGCCAUCAAUUAUUACUUAAAGCAAUGUUGUUAUAUGGCUAAACAAAGACUAUUUAAUAUCCUAUAUAUAGUCACCCAGCGACAGACAGACAGACAGACA